AUGUUAGCCAUGUCGCACGAAUCGCAGCUGCUGGGGUUGCUCUGGUGCGAAGCAACGCAGCCGUCCUGCAAUGCAGCAACGCUGACGCGCAACAUCGGCGUGGCCUUCCGAUACCUGGAGACGCCAUGGGACGACAAGGCCAAGCAAAUCAUCGGUGCGCUCAUAACCCUGAACGCCGGCCCCAUGCACACCACCAUCUGGGCCGCCCUCUUUCAGCAGCUGCGUGAAACAGACAAGCCCGCCAUCAAGGUCUACAUUCUCAAGCAAUUCGCGAACGUCUGCUGGACAGUUCCCACUAAUCAAGCCGCGAAUGCGUUCCGUGCGUUCGCCCUCGAAGUGCGCCCGCUGUUGGAGGACCUUCAAGUUGUCGUGAAUGCCACUUUUCAGAGGUCGUUUGUCACAACAAUCAAGUUUUUCAGCUCCUUUGCUGAGAAAACGCUUUCCAAUGAACUCUUCAACGCUGUGUACCGGAGUCUGAAAGAAUGGAAACGGCCGGACAGCAUCCGCGCAGCGGUCACUGUCAUUGCAGCCAUGGCCAACGACAACCCAAGUUGCCCAUCUCCAGAGCAGCUUCUCCGCCGAGCAAGAUACGACUUGGAUUGCUUCAGUGUUGCUGUACUGCUGGACACCCUCGUAUCUUUCGAAGUUGCUCCCGGUCGCAUCUCGGAUGAGCGACGCAUUGUCGCAUUCCAAGACGAGCUGAGCGAGAUAUUCGACAAAAUUCUCGCUGCUCCGCAGGCGAACGAAAAGGUGAUUCCACCCUGUGUUAGUGCAUACCGACGACUGAAGCAGGUCUGCGAUUCGUGGGAGCCAGUAGCUGCUGAGCCCUUUGCGCUUUUCAUCGUGGAUGCGCUUGCUCAAGCAAAGAUCAGCAAGCUUCUUGUUUGCCCGUUUUUGCAUUUUCUGCAAGAAACACCGUGUAUCUGGUCGCGCAGCUCCAGGAUUGUGUGGCAACUGACGGGUAGUAGGGAUCCCUUUGUGCGCGCCGAUGCCUACGCGGCACUGGCGACCACUAUACAUGUCAUAGGCGCUCCAGAGCACCGGCUGGUGCUGGCAGACUUGAUGGAAAGGCUUCGCUUUUCAAUUGCCGAGCACUGCAGUCGCACCACUGUCGCCAUCCUCAAAUUCGUAAAGAAGCUUUUGCUGCAUGCACGCUUUCCCCCAUCUGCAGAGGAACUGUACCUUUCAAAGCUGCUGCACUUGUGCCGUCGUCACGGAAGGGGACUGUAUCACGAUGUGCCUGCGCAACUGGAACUACUCAAUGUGUUUCUCUGCGCUCGCGUUGCACCGGACGCCUUGGUCGUGUUUGCGCUUGAACUUUUUUCGGUGUCUCACGAUCGCGCGGUUGCCAAGAAGGCGUUUAGCGUGCUUCGCCAUUUCUCGACGGAAGUGUUUCUCGACAGUGGUGUGCAAACCAGUGGAGAAUACAGUGAUGACGCAAACUACUUUGAGGCCGCAAUGCAAAUGCGAUGCGCUGAGCCUUUCAAAGAUGAGCUCCUCCCAUUUGUUCGGCUGCAUCGUACCAAAGGGCUUUCUGCCUGCAUAUAUGCACGACUUUGCACGUUGGCUGAAAAUGAGACGAAAAACUCCAUUAGUUGCAUUAUUGUGUGCGAUGCUGUAAAGGAGAUUUGCACAACGAACGCAGCCCAUAUUUUCGACGACAUCUUUUUCAAGCACACAACAUUGUGUCUUUUGUCGCAGCUGCUUGUUUUGCAGGACCGUAUGCCGAGUGAUGCGUACGUGUCCCUUCUGCAGGCAUGCGCAGCUUGUCUUCAAGGCAAUGACCUCGGCAUCCGCGAAGACGCACAUCUGCUGAGCAUGCUAGUACAACAUUCGUGGAGUGCAAUCGUAACCUGCACCACAGCUUUGUUUUCUACUUUUCGUCCAGCACCCGUUUUACCCUCGUGUCGCUUUUUCCGCAAAGAUUCCCUUUCUCAAGCAUGCCGCCAUCUGAUUUUGAUGUGUCGAGAUAUUGCGUUGUCGAACGAUGUUGCUUUCUACGAUAGUACGUUGCAUGAGAUACUAACCAGCAACAUGAGCCUAUUCAUUUCCUGUGUCUCCUUUCUGCGCUGUGCACCAAUUUUUAUAGCGGAGUUGGUGGAGUCGGUAGACUGCUGGCUUGCAUGCUGCACUAUUCUCUCUACCUGUGUACCAAAAAGUGUGCUUCGACUCCUUACAGUGGUGCUUGAAGCAGCUGAGACAGAGUUGCCCGUGGCUCCACAGCGAGCGGGAGCAACGCAUUACUCUCUUUUGUCGGUGGCACGCAUGUGCAACAGCAUGGUGAAACAAGCAAUCGAAAUGGAUUUGCUGUUGUGCUGCCCUGAAAUCUGCAAUUUUCUGCUAUUUUUUAUUUCGAAAGAUGCAGAUGAUGAGGUAUUUUUGUUUCGCGAGCUUAUUGCAAACAACUGGACAUUAGUCGUCGACUUGUUUUUGUUUUGUGAGCGUAUCGUCAUGUGCUUGCACAACGACAACGAUGCUAGCGCCUUAGCUGCAGUUUUGAACCUUCUAUUAACGUUGUGUGACAGUGUCUAUUUCCCGCAGGUCACAAGUGUUAUUUCACGCGGCUCGUUGGAGGAACUGCUUCAAGUCUUGCGCAAAACACCCGAUUUCAGCCAAAAGUGCCAGUGUGUUUUCUUGGCCUCCCACAUUCUCGCUGCAUUUGACGAAAAGAACAGCCUUGAAGAGAAGAUGAGCGGUUGCUUUUCAGCGUGUAGUACCGAUGUGGAUUUUUUUGGGCGCAUUGAUCGCUUGGUGCAGCUUUGGAAUGCAAGUGAUGUCCAAACACAAGCUCGCUUAAAAACGUUGCUGACAAGUCCUAGCAGCAUAGAGAGGCUCGUCUGUGCAGCUGCUGUGGAUGUGCAGUACAUCCCCAAAGCCGUAGAGGCUGCUCUGGGUGCCUCGGCGGACCGCGAAGUACUAGAUGUUUUGUUGCUUAUUGUCACGGAAGCGGAAUCUGAGACACUCUCCCCUCUUCUGUUUGCCAUUAGCGAUGCGGUGUUCGGGGAGAACGAUGACCUCGUCAAAAGAAUUAUUCGCAGUUAUCGAUGGGGUUGGUAUGGAGGGCAGGAAACAAUGCGAAUGCUGUCGAGUGGCGCUUGGCGAAACUUAAGCACUCCACUAAGCGAGUAUCUGAAACUACUUUUCGGGUUUCACCAACUCGACAUAACAGAGCGUCACGUUCGCUGUGAAAGAUAUGUAGGUACAUUGGAUAGCUAUGAAUCCUCUCUUUCAUUUUGGCAGUUGCUAUCAGGCGGGGCAUCUGUAGAUAUAUUGCAGCACGAAAUGGAAACAGGUUUUUCUUUACUGCGUCUGACGGAAGUGCUGCAGCUGAAGGGCACAUCAGCUCUACGUACAGUUUGCUUGCUUUGCGACCAAGGUGUCAGUAUUGUGACUGCUUUUGGCCUCAGUAAUAUUCGCCGCUUAGCGAUCUUUUUCUCCACCGGCGUUGGUUGUGAACUGUCUUCAUGUGACCCUUUAUCAUUACUGCGACUGCUUCAAGUGCUUGUCAGCACCGCUAGAGGCUCUCUAGUGGAGUCUGAGCUGAGUGGGUGGCUGCAGCUAAGUUGUUGGCUUCUUUUGGAUCGAGUUUGCCUUUUUUCAAGUACCCAGGAAACGACGGAGGCUGCGAGCGGAAAGCAGCCGGCGCAAACAUUCGUGGCCGCUGAACUAGUCACCGUUUUUGUUCAGCUGUCGAAUCUGUUUCUCUGCUCCACUGCGAAGACCCUUGACGAUGUUGCCGUCUCCGUGAUCCGUUAUGCAAUACGCAACGCUACUAUCUUCACAAUGGGAGAUGUCAGCGAGCGUCUUUUUUGGAUGGUCGUGCGUCACUGCAUUUAUGAGGUGUGGGCUGCAAUCACAGCGGAAACUGUCGCGUCGGUGCGAGAUCCCGAGAUUAUUGUCUUUUUGUGCCGUGCUCAUGUGAAGGUAGGACUUCCGCUCCCCGUUCAGAGGGAGCUCCACGCUUUAUUCACGCCACAGUUGCUUUCAUACGGUAAUGCGGAUUCCGAGCUUGAGGAGGACAGUCUCCGAUACAUUCUUUGGCUUGUUGGCAAAUUUGCGAGCAGCGAUGUGCACUCUUCGGUGCGUGGUGGGGCUUCUUCGCUGCAGCAUGCGCCAAAAUGGACAGACACUGCUGAUAUUGGCGCACCGUCAUCUGGUAGGCAGGCGCUGAAGCACUUGCCUGCUGCGGAGAGCAACUUCAGCCGGAAAGACGCGCGGUCACUUGCUGCUGCCGUCCGCCGCGUUACAGCUCAGCUGGCAGAGAGGGUGCUUGCAAAUACCACAGGUGCUACGCCGAGCAAUGUUCUUGAUGCCCUUGGUGUCUUGUGCAACCUUGCGCGGCCCGCACCAGCUGAGUCUGGCCCUGCAACGCCGCUGCUGUCGAAUGUCGUUAGUCUAGAUCAUGUGUACCGGAUUGCAUGCGAUUUCACCAAGGCGUUUCCGCUGCUCUCUGCCGAUGCAUCACUGCAUCCCCCAGGACACUGCCUUGAUCACCUCCUGGGGCAGCUACCAAAAGAGAGGCGUGCUCACAGCAUCCCUGAUGCUUUGUGCCUGAACAGCAUAGCAUGGCUAUUGAGCAAGCUGCUGCAGUCGUGGGGCCGAGAGAACGCACCUGACUCGGCGCUGCCGGCUCAGCUUCCAUGCGUGCUCGCUUUGUACCUCCCCUACCUUUUGCGCUGCGACCUGCCGUCUUACCUUUGCUCACUGCAGGGCCUUCGCUACUUGUCGGUCUGCGGCGCAACUCCGGAGGUGGAGGCUGUCUACGAUGUCGCCCUGCCGAGACUCAUGGAGGAUUUGGUGGACGUGCGGUGGGGUGCCGGCCUUGCGGGCUGUUGGUACGAGAUACUCGUUGAUUGUCUCAGUCGUGUUCCAGGUGCUGUCCCAGAUGGUGGCCGGCAGCUCUCUCGGCGCAUCUGGGAAGGGCUGUGGCGCGGAGCCGGCUCUGUGGAGCACAGCUGCAACCAGCGCUUCAGCGAGCGCGCUCAGCGGUCGCUCCAACAGGUUAUCCACGGACUCGCGCCCAGGUCUGCGCAGUGGGAGCUUUGCCGCUUGGUUGUGCUUGAUAGCGGUCUGCAGAGUCGACGUGUGGUACUGACACCCGUGGCGGCAUCCGCGUUUUCUAUCGAGUCUCAUACCGAGGCCUUCUUUUGGCUGACACGGGAACUUCAGGAGCGAACGUGGCGCUCACAGCUUUUGCAGACACAAUCUGCUUUCGUGCACUACGGCGCUGCGGUCCUUGACGCGGACAGCUCUCGAUCUCUCUUGUUCGAGUUCGAAAAGGCAGUUGCACCGAUCCGCGAAUCACCCGACGAGAGGGGUGAGUUUGCAAUCGGAGAAGAGGCUGCUUGCAUCAUUGCGGAAGGUGUGCGGGAUUCCCUUUUCAGCGCCACAGACGCUGCACUUGCUGCUCUUAACCACUUCGAUUUUGCCGACAUCAUGCAGCGUCGCGCCGUUUUACACGAGUUGGCUAAAAUGAUGGUGAGAAGCGAUGCAAAUACCCCGUCGUGGGCUGAGGUGUACUUUGACGUUCUUUAUGAACGGACGACUUGGCAUGACGAGGGUCUGUGGGUUGCGUGCGCACUGGCGACGGCCGCGGUUGGUCAAACUGAGCUGUGCUGGUCAAAGACGGUGCUAGCAUCCUUGAUCCCCGCUAGUUCAAGUGCUUGGAAGCGCGAGCUAAUGCGCCGCAUUGGGCAGCGCGCCAAGAUCAGCGGUGCGCAGCGGGAAGCGCGGCGGUUUUUCGCGGACGCAGCUGAGCGACUUUCGGCGCUGCAAGGGCCUCCUUCGCCGUGGAAGCGCGAACUGUUGGCCGCUGUGUUGUCUGUAUUUUCUUCUUGA